UAUUUACACGUAAAUAUUUGUCACACGAGAACACGAAACUGCGCAUGUUUCAAGGUUUCAACAAAAGGAAAAACACUGAGCCAGCAGAUGGCAUCGCGUGAGCUGUGACGUAACGCGCGCACCAGUCUGACUCCACCUGCUAGUCAUCAGUCCACCCGUGAACCGUACUGUGACCAUGACACACACGGCCACCUGAAGACGGCAAAAACAACAACGACGUUCUCCUCCUCCGUUUCGUUGGGCGCAGUUAUGUCUGAGACCCGCUGCCUCCUUUCGCCAUGCCAGAUCUUUCGGGGUGCCUGCUCCUCGCCGCGCUGCUGAUUUUCUCCGAGCAUGGGUGCGUGGGGAGAGCGGAGGGUGGGGUGCUCUCCCACGGCCUCGCCUCGCUGUCGGAGGAGGACAAUACCAGCGACACACAGACGUCCUCGCUCACGGGACAGAGGGAUGCGACUGUGCCUCCAUCAGAGUCGCCCCUGACGCUAAAGGUUUGGGUGAAGGAUGCAUCUAGCCAGAGGUUCCUGAAAGGAGCUCUGGUGGCUGUGUUUGUAAAUGGAUCUCAGAUUUACUCCAGCCAGACUCUGGAGAAUGGAGAGGUCACUCUUACUGUCCCGUACCACUUAGGCUUAACUCUCAACCUAGUGGCCAGCAUGGAGGGUUAUGUGCUCACCCAGCUGUCUUGGAAAACCACCAAGAUGCCCAUUUUUUCAGUCAUUACGAUGUCACUGCGUCCUCAAACACAAGGAAACAUCUGGCUUUUUGAGGAUACUCUGCUGAUAACUCGAAAAACAUCUGAUCUGUCAUUUCAACCAAGUGUUCAGUUUCCCAAAAAUCUUCUCAAUCUGUCUGAAAACAGCACCAUCUCUAUGCUGUCAGCAUAUCUGACAACUCCAGCCCUGCUUACAGAAAAAGACUCGCAUUUCUUUACUCUAAGCCAAAGUGCUACAGGAGGUUAUAGAAAUGUCAAGUUGAGCCCUUUGGUUAUGAUCAGCACCCAGUUAGUGUCUAAUGGAGAUGAGGUUGACAUCAGAGGCCCCAUUCAACUUACCAUCCCGCUUCCCUACCACACUUACCUUCGACCCUCCAACUCACUGCCUGCGUGGACCUUUGAUAUGACCAUAGGCACCUGGGUGAAUAAAGGUCUAGGCACUGUUCGCAUGGAGAAAAAUGGGCUAGUGUGGACUUUUGUAGCACCUCAUCUUGGUACCUGGAUUGCUGCACCAUCACCAUCCUCGGGUUAUAUGGGGUUUGCAGGCUCAAUGGAUUUCAUUUCCUACCACACAUACCUUCUUGUUGGGAUCUUGGGAGGAACUCUUGUGAUAGUCAUUGGAUUUUUAUCUGUGAUUGUAUUUCACUGCAGAGAUUUGAACCAUGAGGCCGGAAGGCGGCGUUGGAAUUCCACCAGACUCAAGGUCCUGAAGAAAGACCAGACCACUUCCACCAGCUCAGAUGAGGCUCAAGAGCUUUUCUUUCGUAAUGGUGACCGGUCUUAUUCAUUGGCUGCAAGAGGCAUUGGACACGAUGCAUCAGACUCCCCACGACACCAAGCCAACUACAACAUUUAUGUAGAAACUGUUGGUCGGCCAGUGGGCAAUAUGUAUGAGAACAUUGGAGCUGUGGGAUUAGAAAGCCUUAGAGCCCCAAUGUCUAAUCUCUACGUUAACAGUGACGAAGUGGCAAAGCUGCGAGAAAUAUCGGAACAGAACGGCUCACGUCAAGGUGGUGUGGAGAAUGUAGUAUUCAGUGACAAACUGUUCCAUAUCUACAACCAGCCCGUAGCUAUUGUACACGCUUCAGAGCUGUUUAACUCCCAGGGACAGGCUGACCCUUCCGGAAGCAGAUCUGCCACUUUCCCACGCAAUGGCAUGGAGCAUGGAGCUCAAACAGAGAGAAACCUAAAAGACAGUUUCACCCAGACUUUGCCCAAAGUCCCCCAGCAAGACAGUGACGAGUCGCAGGCACUUGAAGGAGCCCAGGCUGCUGCUGCUAACCCAGGCAUAUGGGGACGCUAUAGUCAUCUCCUGGAAUCCGUGUCUGUCCCCGGAACCUUGAACGAAGCAGCUGGAAUGAGGCCUUUCCGAGGGGAACUCCAGGGAAUAUCGGAACAAACUUUGCUGGAGCUCUCAAAGGGCAAGCCCUCGAUUCACCCGCCCCGUGCUUGGUUUGUGUCUCUGGAUGGUAAACCAGCAGCCCAGGUUCGUCACUCCGUAAUCGAGCUUCAGGGACGACAUCGUCCAGGUAGCAGCAACGACACAAGCUUGGACUCUGGAGUUGACAUGAACGAGCUGCAGCAGCCUCUGCGGAAAAUUGAAGAGCACUCAAGCGCUAGCAUGGCUAAGAUCGGUGGAAAUCAGGAGCAGGACUUGAGCAGCAGUGAAAUCGGGAGUCCCGAGGACAUGUCCCUGAGGAACACCUUGGAGGGAAGUAGCGUAGCCAUUCCCAACAUCACAGAAGACAGGGACGCAGGGGACACCUCUAGCGAGUCCAGAUCUACACCACCACCACGGAGGCUGCGAAAGAUUCGAGACAAGAAACCGGAGAAGAAAGCAUCUCGACAUACGAGGGAGGAGAGACCGCAAACGAAGCACUAGCUGAUCAACCUGUGUGUAUCUGUGUAGCUUUAUGGUGUCUGUAAAAUGGCUUUGAUCAAACUGCCUUAUAUACACAUCAGGUACAAAAAUGCCUGUCUUAUCCUGCCGUAACUCAAAGUUAGUUCUUGUGGCAACUCUAAGUUGGCUGAAUCCAGCAUUUUGUCAGCAGUUUAUUUGUACAAAAUUUCACAGCCACAGAGUGUUUUACCUUCUUUGUGUAUAUUUGUUUAUCUUAAAAAGUACAUUGUAAAAGUAUGUAUAUAUCUACGUAUUUUUAAAUGUUCGUUUCCCUAUGAGCACAAUGCUCGCCUAGUGCCGAUGAUGCAUUCUAAUGGGUCGUUCACACGGAAUGCGUUUUUCCAUUGCACUGAGCUUGUUUUUCACACACCAGAUGGACGUGUUUGACCGUUGUACUUGCAAAUGAGUGUCUGAUUUUUAUGACACUGUAUCGACAAUUUAUAUGCAGUCGCACUCAUAAAUGCCAGUCUGAACAGUGGACCAAUCAGAAGACCCUGAAGGCAGGGCAAGCAUUACAAUGUUUUGUUAACAGCAGCAAGUUGGCAAGGCACAUCCGUUUCAUUUGACGGCAACAUGGCAGAGGAGGUACUCAAGACUCUGUGCUGCACUUUUUAUAAUAAUUUCUGAGCGCUAAAUCUUAGGUGUAUAGACGCAAACACUCAUUGUUGUGUGAACGGCCCCUUAAUAAGUUAAACCAUUUGGCUUUAUAAAAUUCAAUUUUGUUCUUCUAAAUUCAGUUCUUUACUAAAAUGUAAUGCAUAAGGAACUGCCGCAGAGUGCCAUGAAAAUAAUACAGUUAAAGGGACUGUAAGUAGGAUUUCAAGUGUUUUAUUAAUCAAAAUCAAUGUCUUUAUUCAUAAAUAUGUCCUCGUUGGUGUCAAAUGAUCUCUGCCAGUGAUCUGACUGUUCUUUGUAAGCUUACAAUUUCUCCUCUUUCCUUACAUUGAAUGGUAAGUCCAAGGAGGCUUCCAUAGCGUUCCGCCGUAUUGAUAAACUAUAAUAGCAGAGAGGGACAAAAAGCACUAGCCUACCAACGCGUUUCCACAACGCAUUUUCAUUCAGUACACUUGAACCAGCUGCAACGGACAAGGAGAUCAGUGAGUACAUAACGACUACCGUAGUUGCAAAACGCAUUUGGAAAGGCGAAGCGCUGAAGGGCACUGUUCUUUGAAUGCAAAAUACAAUUUCACCACUAGAUGGGGGUAAAUCCUACUUAUUGUCCCUUUAAUAAAAUGAUAAAAAAACAAGCACUGUAAUCAUAGCACUCUGAAAAAACUCCAACGCACCAGUGUGUUGCACAAAUACAAUGUUUUUCGGAGAGAGCGAAUAAAGGCCUUCAAGGCCUUACGCCAUUCUUACGCACUGUACUUAUUUAACGUAUUAUUGCUAGUCAAAUGUGCAUGCCUUCCAUUGAAAUGCUUUACCAUUUAAUGUUUUCAUGUGUAAGAAUGUAGUACCUAAAAACAUGAAGAUAUGUCUCAGGUUAUGCCUUACAGCACAAGUCCAGCUGUACAGGUCAUGACCUCAGCAUAUUCAAAUGUUUCUUGUGUUUUGUGUGUAAAAUAUUUCUUCACAAAUUGACAACACAGCAUCGUAUAUUAAAUGUGUUGAGUCUUUUUUGCAGCUUUAUUAUUUUUGACAGUUUUUAAAACUGUCUAUUUAUUAUUGAUGGUUACAACCAGAAAUUUGUUGUUGUCAGGCAUCAAAUUAAAAUGAAGUAUGACUGAGAAAGAGUGAAGAUGGUUUUAUGUCAACUUAAUGUUUUUGAAUUCAUUUAUGUUGUAUUGGUAUGUCUAUUAUUAUGUAUUUAACUGUAAUAUAUUUUUAAGACUUCAUAGCACACUGGUUUGAAUGAUGCAUAAGCUAUUUCUUGGAUGCUUUACAUCUUGUAAUCUGCCCUUUUGUGCGCAUUUAAUAAAAGUUAUAAA